AUGAAAUACGGCAUCGAGGACAUCCGUUCGCAGUUUCCUUUACUCGCCGAUGAAACGGUUAUUUUUUUAAAUUCCUCUUUCCAACAGCCGAUGAACCUGAUUGUUUCGGGUGCAAUCGAACGCUAUGUGAAGGAUGGUUUACACGAACCGAAUCCAAAGCCAAAGUGGAACGCCGAGUGUGAGAAUGUGAGAUUGAAGACCGCUAAGUUCAUUAACGCACAAUCGGAAGAUAUAGUGUUCACCAGGGACACCACGGAGUCAUGCAACUUGUUCCAGAGGUCAUUGGAGUUCAAGCCAGGCGACAAUGUGGUUUUGUUGAGGAACGAUUAUCCCAGCCAAGCCGCUGGCUGGCUAGAGCUAAAAUCAAGAGGUUUGGAAAUCAGAUAUAUCGAAAUGGGAGAGUCUGGGCCUCAGCCAUACGAUGCUGACGCGUUCAGAGAUGUAGUUGACGAACAUACGAUAGCCAUUGGCCUUUCGUCUAUCAUGUUUGACUCUGGCUUACGGCAUGACGUUAGGUCUAUUUGCAACACUUACAGGCCAAGAGGAGUCCACGUCCUAGUUGACGCAACCCAAGAGGUUGGCUUUGGAAAGAUCGAUGUUCGAGAAUUAGGCGUUUCUGCCCUAGCCUUUAGUGUCCAAAAGGGAUUGUCGUGCCCAACAGGGCUGGGGGUGCUAUAUAUCGACCCACAAGUAUUGCCCGAUCUGAAGCUAACGCCACCAAUAAUGACACCAAGCUCGUUGAACAGCACCCAGGGUGGAUCAAGCGUUACCGGCUGCAAGUCUGCCAGAUCUCUUGAGCACAACAACAAAGCACUGAUGCAAUGCCUGGCGUUGGGGGAGUACCUGGAUUUUCUUGACACCGUUGGCAUCACAAAGAUCCAGACCCAUCUAGAGAGCCUGAGUUUGUACCUGAGAUUGCAAUUGAAAGGCCUAGGUGUCGAGACGAUUGGUCCGGAUGAUCAAAAGUACAGAUCUCCGCACAGUAACGUUAUCAAACUACACUCGGAGUGGUUACCCUUCUUCGUUGACAACCACGUCUAUGUUUCGCAGUACGGUUUUGGAGUCCGCGUUUCGUUUGGCGCUUAUAAUACGAAGAGUGAUGUCGACAUGUUCGUGGCAGUCAUCCGUAAAGGCCUCGGGAGAGGGUUGACGCAGACAUCGCAUUCUCGUUCCUGA